UCACCCUCUUCUCGUCUUAACUCACUCCACCAGACCACUAUGGAACCCUAAACCCCCAAAUCUGAAACCCCAGCCAAAAUGAUUGCCAGAACUGCUCCUAAAUCGCUAACCAGAUUCUUCUCGCUUUCACGCCACCUUUGCACGGCCACCGGAACUCAAUCACAGAAGCUCGAAAGAAUCGCCGACGAGAUCCUCAGCCUUACAAAACUCGAAAGGAAUGAUUACGCAGUCCUCCUACGUUACAAGAUGGGUUUCAAUAACUACGGCCCGGCGGUGACCGGCAUUGGUUCACCAUCAUCCGCCGGCGCUGCCUCUUCCGGACCAGGAUCCGAUGCCAAAGCCGCCGAGAAGGUUGUUUUUGAUGUGAAGUUAGAGAAAUAUGAUGCAGCUUCGAAGAUCAAAAUCAUUAAGGAAGUUAGAUCUUUUACUGAUUUAGGAUUGAAAGAAGCGAAAGAUUUGGUGGAGAAAGUACCGGUGGUGGUCAAGAAAGGAAUCACCAAGGACGACGCUGAAGCAAUCAUGGCGAAGCUCAAGGAUUUGGGUGCUACUGUGGUAUUGGAAUAAACUUGAUCUCUUUUUAGUUCUUCAUUAUCAUUUUUGAAUAACUCUUGAAGCUCUUUUGAGUAGUUGCAAACGAUUUUUCUAAUUCGAUUGUUGAUUUCCUCAGUUUUCAAUGUGUUUUAGAUCAAAGUAUUAUAUAGCCACACAUUUUAGAAUGAAGAUUCCAUUGUAAUUCAUUGGGAGAAAUGUUGCACUUGAUGUUCUUUGUUA